CGGAGGACCAAGGGGGUUUAUCCCGCUUGCAGACCGAGCCAAGGGUUUUUCACCACCGCCUUCCCCUUUCCCGUAUUCGGAGCCGAGAUCAGCGGAGACGAGGUGGGCUUCGGUAGCUGCAGCGAGCUUAUAGCCAUGGAAGCUGCGUGGCGGCGGCAGGGCGGCAGCUACCGCCAUCACGAUGCCUUCUCCGCGUCUUCUCCUUCCUCUUUCUCUUCUUCCCCUCCCCAUCCGCAAGCGGCUUCGGCUGCCACCAAGAAAGCCUCUACGCCCCAAGCAGUAGAGUGGGUGGCGCUCCAGAAGCACCCCGUCUUCUCCGGCCCCCGCUGCACGCCGACGGAGAGCAGCGGCAGAAGCGGCAACCUGGCGGCAUGGGACGCUUCGUCGUCACGCCUCUACCUGUGGGACCCGGAGGCCCGCUGUCUCCACCGUCUCUCCCUUCGCUUCCGCGACCCCCAACCCGAUUCCUCCUCCUCUGUCUUCGCGGAGGCCGCCGUCCCUUCUGAGUUAUUGUUGCCAGAUAUUCAGAUCCAAUUUGUGGUCAACUAUAUUUCUCUCAAUAUAGAUGGAUCAUCAUUAUUAUUUGUUGGCUCUGGCAGCCUCAGCCUCAUGUACUUAUUUGAAAGGACUUAUAAGAAUGACAAUACAUUUACUUGCAGGACAGUUUCAGUUGCUUCUCAAAUAUUGUUUGGCCACAACAAUGGUUUACAAACUUUACGAGUAUCAUGGCACCCUUACAGUAGUAGUCAUUUGGGCAUUUUGUCAUCAGAUUCGGUUUUCAGGCUAUUUGAUUUGUCAUCUGAUUUAGAGCGACCAGAGCAGGAAUACUAUCUGCAGCCAUUUGAACCUGGAAGAUGCCACAAUGCUGCAUCAAUCUGCCCAGUGGCAUUCUCAUAUGGAGGUCAACAUUUAUGGGAUAGAUUUUCUAUAUUUGUUCUAUAUAGUGAUGGCUCAGUCUAUGCCCUUUGCCCAGUUGUUCCUUUUGGAAGUCUCUGCAGUCGGGCAUAUGUAGAAGAAAUUUAUGAAGACAUGAAUGAGUUUGGAUUGAAGUCAUCAGAUUUAAAAGUUGUUAGCAACUCACGUUUGGCUAUUGAUUGGUUAGAAGCAACAUUUCCAGAUUUAGCAGAUCAAUCAUUUGAGGAAGGCAGUGUAUUGGCAUCAAGAGCUCAUCCGUAUGCCCCAAUAGAUGCAUCUCUUUCACUACAGGGUCCUCUUGGUAAAAUUUGUCCUGGUGAAGAGAAUCAUGAUUUCCAGAGCAGUGCAGGUUGUGAUGGCAGGGCUGUAGAUCUUCUUUACUGUUCUAUUGACAAGGAUUCAGUUCUUGUGACUGCCUGGAGCAGUGGGCAGCUGCAGAUUGAUGCCCUGGCAGAUGAAGUCCAACCUCACUGGAACAAUGGUAGUCCUCCCCACCUUAAUGUGGAUUCUUCUGGUCAUAUAAAGAGCAUUGCUAUGAUUUGUGAGUUGAAUAUGCGAGAAGUUUCUACUUUAAAAUCCAGCCAAUCACUUGACCUGGUAUCAAAUAUCAGCAGUACUGCAGAUAUGAUUUGGGUGGGAUGUCCACCUCCUUUGCUCAGGCUGGCUAUUGUAGACUUAGCACUGCCAAAAAAUGCAUUGAAUAAUUGCCAGCUUUCUUUGUUUUCUGAUCCUCUUGUUUCAGAGAAAUUUUGCUGUCUUCAUGGUGGGGGAAUAGACUUGGUAACUUUGCAUUUUCUGCCUUUCACAAAUCUAUCUUCUGCACCAGACAAGAUUGCAAAAGCACCUUCUGUGCAUCCUAUCCUCAGUACAGGCAUUAAUGCUUCUUUCUCUCCAGUGCUCUCUGGUUUUGUUUCAAUCGCUGAUCCAUAUGGUCAUUCACUAAUAAUUGGAAUCACAUCCUCUUAUGAGUGUAUUCUGCUAGGGAUGAAGGGUUGGAAUGAAUUACCACCCCAUCUUUAUGAUAUGGACACUAAGUCUGUUGAUGAUACAGAAAAUGCUAUCCCUGAGAUUAUAAGCAAAGAGCUUCUUGAUGGUCCAAAGGUCAUCCUUGUUCCUCCUUCAACAACUCUUCAAUCUUUAACUGCUGAUUCGAUUGAAGGACGAUCAACUCUUCAUCACUAUAUCAAGCUUUUUCAUGAGAACUAUGUGGAGUAUGCACACAAGGUCUAUAUUGAACUCAAAGAGCAUGCGGGUUAUCUAAAAACAAUAAUUGAAGACCAACAUAAACAUUUGCAUGAGACAAAGCAGUUGCUUCUGAAUGUUGAAGCCAAAGAACAAGGCAUAAAAAAUCGGACCGAUCGUGCCUUCAAGGUAUAUGAACUUUUGGAGCAACGUCUACAGAAUUUCAAAAAGUUACCUGGAGCAAGCAAGAAACCAUUAUCAAGAGCAGAACGUGAAUUUAAGGCCGAGCUUGAAAGAUUUGCAGAUUUAGAGUUGGACGCCUUGCACUCUUCUAUUGAAUCUUUGAAUGCAAGGCUGAAAAGAUAUAGUCAGUCUUCACCAGUUAGUUCACGGAAUGCUUCCAGGCAAACACCAGUUAGGGGAAAGAGCCAUGUGUCAGAUGCUCAGACGUUGCAAUUGAAAUCAUCUCUGCAAAAGCUUUCCAGUCUUAACAUUGAUAAUGCCAAGAAGGUAAAACUCAUUGAAAAUGAACUGAAGAACCAGGAGAAAUAGCAAAAUUAUGAAAAAAAACAAUUUACAGUCAAAUAUGCCCUUAUCUGAAUGUUGACUGUAGUUUUGUAUCAUGGAUGUUGUUUGACAUAAUAUCAAAUCAUUUUUAUAUAUUAAUAUGCGUAA